AUGGCGGAUGCUUUUAAUACAACAUUAGCGUCUCUUCCUCCAACUAAUUUGGUACCGAAUGAAGAUGAAACAUUGAGCUCAUUGAUUUUCUUUACGGUUGUUUACGUACUUGUGCUUAUCACUGGUCUCGUUGGCAAUUUUAUUGUUUUAUUUGUUAUUUUAAAAAAUAAUGAUCUCAAACAUUUCACCAAUUAUUUCUUUGCGAAUCUAAGUGCAGCGGAUGUUUUUGUUCUUAUAUUCUGUAUUCCGACAGCUAUACAUGAUAUAUGGGCGAAAGAUCAAUGGUAUAUGGGCAAAUUUUUCUGUUUAAGUAAUCAGUAUAUCGAAAGUUGUGCAACAAGCGUUUCUUCACUGACAAUAACAGCAAUCAGUUUCGAACGUUUUAUUGCCAUCUGCGAACCCUUUAAGGUUCAUGAUAUAUUCAAUGAGACAUUAACUUGGAUUACAAUAUGUCUGAUUUGGGCCAUUGGCCUCAUCUUUUCUCUCCCAUUUUCGAUCUUUGCUGUUCAUGAUCCAUCAUUUAAUCUCACAGACUCAUUAAAUGAUACUUCAAAUCUAAUUACCGUUUGUCAUUUAGACGCUAAUUCAAGCGUAGCUCGUGCUUCUAUUACAUGGUUUAUUAUUUUACUUAUUUUUAUUCCGUUUUUCGUUUUAAUCUUUAUCUACGCGCGUAUCAUACUUGAAUUAGCUCGUCAUCGUGCAUUAAGUUUACCCAAUGUUACCAAAAGUCAAUCACAACAACAUUCGUACGACGAUGAAACAAAUAGUUUCACUGGAGCCUCAACAUUCAACGUGGAUAAUCAACAAUCUCGUUCGUUUCUUGCUUAUAAACGUUUUGAACAAAAACGUCUGAAUACUGUGAUUAUCUGUGUUGUAACAGUGGCAUUUUUCGCUUGUCAAUUUCCUGUACGUAUUAUACAAUUAAUUGAUAUGUAUGGCCGUGUACGUAAUGAAGAAACCAUGUCUUAUUUAACAUGGAUCUGGCUAUGGAAAUUAUCGAAACUAUUGUUUUUCUUGAACUUUACAGCGAACCCAAUCAUUUAUAACAUCUUAUCCACUAAAUUUCGUCGUUCAUGUCGACGUCUAUUUCAAAUCCAUCGAUCAAUAAGUCUCAUAUCAACUUCUUCACGUAAAGCCAGUAUAUCGUCAUAUCUCUACUCAAGUAUCUAUAAAAAUCGUCGUCGUCAGAGUAGUUUGCGUAACAAUCAGAGUCAACUUUACCGAUCACAUCGAUCGAACAAACCAAUAAGUUUAUCACGAAAUAUAGUAAACUCAAAUCCAACAAUAUCUUUAAUGUCAAAUGAAACAAACAAUAUCAGUAACAAUGGAAGAGAACAAAUAGCUUUUACUGAGAACGACAAUCGAGAUUUGGAAACAAUAGCGAAUAAAGAAGAGAUUCCCAUUUCAGCGAUAAACAGCGGCAAACGUUCACAACACCCAUUUCAAGUUUUAUGCGAAGAAGACGAAGAAUACGAAAGUACAAUGGAAUGA